CAAUCCCCUUAGUGCUCUAGAUGUUGCCAAAGACGAUUUCAUUUCAAGGGGAGGGGGGCUGGGGAGCAAUUCUCAUUGAAGAUGAGUCCUCCUACUUAAACAAAUCCAUUUACAAAAAGGGCCAUUGUAAAUUCGACCAUUGAAAUCCGAUUCAGUUUUUUUCACUCUUGGAAAGCAUAGUUCUUAACCAUGACAAGGCAAGUGGAGGUACACGUUAACGGACUAUUGGACUGAGGGGCGGUUGGGUACGAGCACAUUUGGAGAGUUGGGAAGACUCUUAGCCCCAUACCUAUAAAACCUCGCCUAAGUGGUUUGACAAAUAUCGUUUUCUUUUUAUUUUACACGGGAUAACCCCUCAAAACGGAUCUCAGAGACUUGGAUAGCAGUGCUAGUUGGCAACGACUAUAGAAACGAGGAUCCGGUGACGAAAAAGCUUUUUGGGGAUUAAGUUAUUCCAUGAUCACUUAAUUUUUUUAUGUAGAUUAAGUGAAUGGUUGGCACUACUAGUCCACCAAUUUAGCAAAAAAACGUAUGACAGGUCCAAUCGGACAACGGAUGGCGGUCACCGAUGGCUGAAACUCAAUCUAUUAAUCUGAAUUCACACUGCUAGAGGGUAUAUGAUGCGCUAUAAAGUAGCCUAAUUUCAGCUAAAUGGUCCAGGGUGACAAUAGGUUACAUCAAACAGUGAAGUUAGGGAAACUGGACACUGAAAGCAUGCGAAACAAUUGAGACCGUCUUUGGAUUGAAUCAACAUGCAAUUGGCACAGUUCCUAUCCAUUUGCGUCCCCGCCUUGUUGCAACAGGUUGCGCGCUUGGCCUUCCACAAAUGCACUUAUAGCGCACAGUUUUGACUUUGCUCUUACGUUCAGACUCGAAUGUUACAGAUUUCGGCGCCAUGGUUGAGCACGGAGGCCUCGAUCUUAUGUGUUUAAAUAAGUCCUACAGCCACAGUUCCACUACCUCGUCCUCCAGCUCAGAGCGAGAAAAGAGAAUAUUCACCAAGUUGAAAGUCAGUUUGACUGAGGACUAUCCGCAGAAGAACGCGGAGAUCCUGAGCGGCCAGUAUGGGACUAAUUUACUGUUGAUCGGCGUGUCGCUGAUGCUGGCUAUUGCGCACCAUGGCGCAUCAGUGAAGGAAGAGCACCUGCUGUCGUUUAUYACGACCCUCAUGAUCCUCCAGCUGAUAUGGAUGAUAUGGUACAUCGUGAGCAGAGACAGGCAGAGUAACUUACAGCCAGAAAAGGAUGUGCAUGCCACUACCUGUUGGAUAAGAGGUGGGUUAACUCUUCUUGCGCUCCUCUCGUUGAUUAUGGAUGCCUUCCGAAUUGGUUAUUUUGUGGGCUAUCGAUCAUGCGUGUCGGCUGUUCUAGGGGUAUACCCUAUCAUCCACGCAACUCACACGAUAGCACAGGUGCAUUUCCUUUGGUUUCACAUCAAGGACGUCAUCAAGACCUUCGAGACCUUUGAAAGAUUUGGCGUCAUCCAUGCAGUCUUCACCAACCUGCUACUGUGGUGCAACGGUGUGAUGUCUGAGGCUGAGCACUUCCUAAACAACCACAAGAGAAGGCUCUCUUCCCUGGGCUAUGUAAACCUCACCAUAGUGGAUAUGGAGCCUCACUGUAAUUGCACUACCAGCGCCUGCUCCAUGUUCUCCAACAGCCUCUACUACCUAUACCCCUUCAACAUAGAGUACCACAUCUUUGUCUCUGCAAUGCUCUUCGUCAUGUGGAAGAACAUAGGGCGCAGCAUUGACCUCCAGUACAACCGGAAAAGGCCGGCUACCAGGACCCAGGGGCUGGUGGUCGGCCCCAUCCUGGGUCUUGUCGCCCUGGCCAGCACCAUCGGCGUGCUGGUGGUCUACAUCAUCCAUGUGGAAGAGUCGAUGGACACCCGGGAGUCGGCCAUCGCAAUGUUCUACUGCUACGGCAUCGUCAUGCUGGUGUUCAUGUGCUCGGCCGGGGCCACGGGUCUGCUCAUAUACCGUGCCGACCCUAUGCCCAUGGACACCACCAAGAACCCCUCGCGGACGCUGGACACAGAGAUCCUAUUCGGAUCGUCGGUGGGCUCCUGGCUCAUGUCCUGGUGCAGCGUGGUGGCUGUGACAGCCUCAAGCAGCAGCCCGAGCUACCGCUGGACCAACCUGAUGUACUCGCUGCUCAUCGUCCUGGAGAAGUACAUCCAGAACCUGUUCAUCAUAGAGUCCCUCUACCGCCAGCGGGAGGACGGUGAGAGGGUGGACGCUGAGGCGGCGGGGCCUGUGCCGGAGAUCUUCUCUGUGACCUCCUCCUUGGCGCCGCCCUACAACGGCAUCAUCAACCGGGCGUACGAGAACCCAGACAAGGGCUGUGUCACGCUGGAGAACGAGCAGGUGGAGAACGGACAGGUUUACGGAACAUUCAGCCCACGGAAACAUUCGGCAGUGCCCCUGCACGUCGGGAACAACGUAGCGGAGACCCCGAGCAAGAAGAGGCAGAUUCUGAAGAACAUCGCUGUCUUCCUCUUCAUGUGCAACAUCUCACUCUGGAUCCUCCCCGCCUUCGGCUGCAGACCCCAGUAUGACAACGGCCUGGAGCAGGAGACGUUUGGCUUCACCAUAUGGACAACAGUUCUCAAUUUUGCCGUGCCCAUGAACCUCUUUUACCGCAUGCACUCUGUGGCCUCCCUCUUCGAAGUCUUCCGAAGGGUGUGACAAGACGAAGAGGGACCGACGAGACGACGCAACAUGCACAAGAACACUUGUCACCAAGGGCUCCAUAGAGGAAAUUAAUAGCAACACAGGUCAACCUUUCAGGAGGAGCUCUUGUCAUGUACUUUAGACUUCUAAAUAAGCAUUGAAACAUGUCAGUUUAGGGGGAUUAUACUAGAUGAGAUGUCCCUUGUAGCGAUGCAUCUUCGGAAACAUUUUAUAGCACCAGAUAUAAACAACAAAUUACAUUGAUAUCAGACCCUGGAUUCAAAUAGUAUUCGGAAUCUUUCAAAUACUUUAGCUGUGCUUGAUUGAGCUAGCCUGGCACAAUGUAACCAAUGGAAUAGCCCCAAAUGUGCAAGAACUGAUCCCCCGCCCCGGGAAGGCUCACCCAAAACGCCAAAGUCUUUGAAAGAUUUCAAAUAGUAUUUGCUUURCUGUGUGUUGCUGCACUGAAAAGUGAAAUUGACAUUUGAAUUUAGGUCUCUGUUAUAACAAGUGUUUGGGUUUGUCUUUUGAUGUUCAUCAAAGUUUUGUUGAACGCGUUAUUAAACGCGUAUGUAAUAGUUUAGUGUCGAGUUGUCUCUCAGAUCUAGUACAGAUGUAAGCCAGGCUAUGUAUGAAUGCAUCAUGAGAGUGGAGCAUGAUAAGUGAUGAUACAUGAUGAAAGUAGAUGGUGCAGUGAAACAACUUAUAUCGAAAAUGCCAUGCCACAUUCAUUUUUCAAAUCCUGUAUCAUGGUGAGACUAGUGGGUCUCAUCCCCGGUUGCGCUGAUUUCACACACACCACUGUGUUUGCAGCAGUACUCCAACAUCAUAGAGAAGCCAAAGAAGCUCUCUCGGUCUCGAUUAUUUAACGUCACAUAAGAACUGUACUAAGGAUUGUAAAGAUGACGUGCAACUGUAAAAGCCUUAAAGUUUUUUUUUUUUUUUUUUGUGUUGCCAUUUUUAUGUAUAUUUCAAAUGCACAUACUGUCAUGGAGGAUGUUCUCAGUGGUCAGAAAAAUACACAGGAAACUCAAUACUUCUGUGUCAAACACUUGAACUACUUGACUGGCCACAGUCUAGAGUCCUACAUGUACUGUAGUAUAGGGCAGCGCUAGACUUGGAUUGCUCUUCGGUGUAAUAUUGGACUGUAGUUCUCAAUCUCUCGAAAAAGUCCAUUGGACUGUAGUUCUCAGAAUCUCCAACAAAUGAACACUGGACUGUAGUUCUCACAAUCUUUCGCAAACGUCUCAUUGUAUUGACUGUCCUCAAUCAUGACUUGUUGACAUCAUUCCGCGUAUAUUUGAUGGCAUACACAUACAGUUGAAUGCUGUACGGUGUUGACUCAUCUGUAAUGCCCGUAGCUCUACUUUCCUUUCAGUUAUAUAGUUUCUUCUUCUAAUGAACCUCAAAUGUGGUUCCCUUAAAUAUAUUUAACAUUUCAAUAAUUGUUAUGGAACUCAAUUUGACUAAGAAACCGCCUGGGAGUGUGUGGAGCGUGCCCCAAUGCCCACUGAUGUAUUCCCUGGACCCAUAUUAAGCCUAGUUCUGGACUAAAACAAAUGCUCAAUGGAGAAUCUCCAUUGAAAGUGUCCGUAAACUUGUCACCGGCCGACAGUGUGCCCCAUUUGCUCUCCCGCUCCAUAAUGUUGGUGAAGAGACUAAGUAUGCACUCUGCAUCUUAAAGGGACAAUCUGCAGUUCAAACAACACCAAAGCGUUCCACCCUGCCACUGUUUUGGUAAACAGCGGAAGAAUGGGGCGGUUAUUAUGUCAUUGAAAAGGGAAACAAUACAAUAUUUGCACACAUCAGUAUAUACUGUAUUGACUGACAUGCAUUUUCCAAAAAGCAAWUAUGUUGCUUCAAACUGAAAGAACUCUGAAACUGAACCAAAUAUCUUGAUUGAUGUAGUUUUGAAAAGUAAGCGUUGACAAUAAUCUUAACCUGUGAUGUUGUUGAUCGAUUUUGUGAUGAAUUAGUGAAAUGUAGUGCUACUGUAUGGUUCAUUUUUGGACAACAUAUUUAGGCUGUAGGGACUAUCAGAAAACUGUGAGUUCUACAUUGGUGCUAACUACUGUACUUGUUUUCAGUUGUACGUGCCAAUCUGUGGUCAAUGCUUAUUGGUAAACCUGCACCAAUACUAUAUCCUCCCUGUGUACAUAUCUGAACGUAGAUUAAAGCGAAUGUACAUAAAGACUCCUGGCUCUGUAAUAAAAAUGAUUGUGAAACUGA